UCAUGGCGGAUCCAUUGAGUUUGUUGCGUCAAUAUAAUGUUAACAAAAAAGAAAUUAUUGAACGUGAAAAUCAAAUUAUUUUUGGCGAAUUUUCUUGGCCAAAGAACGUUAAAACCAACUAUUUAACAUACGGAUCCGGCAAAGAAGGAACAGCAAAGGAAUAUUAUACACUAGAGUGCCUCCUAUUUUUAUUAAAACAUGUACAGCUUACGCAUCCUGUGUACGUGCGACAAGCAGCCGCAGAGAAGGUUCCUGUCGUACGUCGUCCUGAUAGAAAAGAUCUUUUGGCCUAUCUCAACGGAGAAACUGCCACAUCAGCCGCCAUAGACAAAUCUGCUCCGUUAGAAAUUCCAACUCAAGUUAAGCGUACUGCAGAGGAUAGUCUUGAAAGUGGGUCAUCUAAGAAACCUCGUUUUGAAGAGACGCAUGUACAGAAAGUCAAGGAACAACUUGCAGCAAGACUUGAUGCUCCUAAAGAAGCAUCAGUCACAGUCGACAAUAUCAAGUCUCUUUCAGAGGCUAUGUCGGUUGAAAAAAUUGCUGCCAUUAAAGCUAAACGAUUGGCUAAAAAACGUACUACUAUUAAAGAAAAUGAUGAUAUUGGUAUGGGCUCAGAUUUACGUGUUAUUCUUGAUAUGGAUGUAGAUGAUACAAAAGAUAUAGUUUCGAGAGAAAGACAAUGGCGAACGCGUGCUACAAUUUUACAGAGUAGUGGUAAAAUAUUUGCUAAGAAUAUAUUCGCCAUUCUUCAAAGUAUUAAAGCUCGAGAAGAGGGAAGACAAAAGGGUCCUGCCAUUCCAACGCCAAUGGUUACUCCACGUUCUACUCCUAUGAGACCGUUACCUCAACCGGCUGUUUAUAAUCGUUAUGAUCAGGAAAGAUUCAUCAGGCAAAAAGAAGAAACUGAAGGAUUUAAAAUUGAUACCAUGGGCACUUAUCACGGAAUGACACUUAAGUCUGUGACAGAGGGUACUAAUCCGGCAGUAAGGAAACCACAGGCCAAUCCAUCCACGACUCCAACUUCUGGACUAUUACCGACAUCUGCUGCCAAACUUACACCUCAACAGGCAGCACAAAAUAAAAGACCUAGCAGAACUCCUAUAAUUAUUAUCCCUAGUGCAAAUACUUCUUUGAUUACAAUGUAUAAUGCAAAAGAUAUUCUUCAAGAUCUAAAAUAUGUUAGUCAUGAUGAUAAAAAGUCUCAAGGUUGUAAACGAGAAAACGAAGUUCUUUUACAACGUCGUAAGGAAGGUGGCUUAACAGUACCGUAUCGCAUCAUUGACAAUACGCAAAAAUUAACUCACGCCGAUUGGGAAAGAGUUGUAGCAGUAUUCGUUAUGGGACCAGCAUGGCAAUUUAAAGGUUGGCCGUUCGACGGUAAUCCAGUUGAAAUCUUUUCUAAAGUUUGUGCAUUUCAUUUGAAGUACGAUGAAAUGAGAUUGGAUGCAAAUGUAGCACGUUGGGCUGUUACAGUAAUCGAAUUAAGUAGGACAAAAAGGCACUUGGAUAGAGCAGCAUUAAUGAUAUUUUGGGAACAUUUGGAUAAACACAUGAUCAAAAAUAAGCCCCACUUACGAUUUUAAAUCGACGGAGAUUAUUAAUGGAACAUAGUUAUUGCGAACAAUAAAAACAGCUAUAAUAAAAUUCGCAUUUUGGGUACUUUUCAUAAAAGCGAAACUUGUAUAUAGAUUAUUAAGAAAAAAUAGAAAUAGAGAAGGAUAUAAAAGAAUUUUGUACAUAUAAAUAUAUUUGCAAGAUGGUAUAGCAUAUAUAUUAUCUUAUCGAAACAGAAAACUAGGAUUCAAAUCUGCAAAUUUAAUUAUUAAUUAUAAAAAGAAGCAACAAAAAAUCGCUUACCAUAUAUGGAUAUACGAUUUUUAUACAUAUCCACAAGAAUGAGUAUCAUCAUUGAUAAGCGUAAUGAACAUAAUUCACUUAAUGGAUGAGAUUGUUCGUAACUGCCUUUGUUUCACGUUUAAUAAUUAUUUAGCAAAUUAAUAAAAAAUAUUAACUAUAUGUGUAGUUAAUACACAUUAAAUAUACAAAGGUAAAUCAUUAUAGGCUCGUGAUACUAAUAUAAACGCAUGUGCCUAUUAUUAAGUAAUAUAUUUUAAGUAAAGCACAUUAUAUACGUCUAUACGUAUAUAAAAGAAAGAAACUGUACUAUGAUUUAAUGUAAAAUAUUUGGUAUAACAAUGGCAUUACACAAAUUGAAAGUAUUAUUCAACGGUGUUACAUUGAUGAAAUUUAUUAAAAAACCAAAUAACAAUA